AAAUCUUGUCUAUGUAAAAAUACUGAAUAACGAUUGGCCCGGCGAUUCUCUACGAACAUUCGUUCUCGCUCCGAAAACGCCAAAUACGCUUUCAAACCAAAAUGGAGGAUUUGUCGGUCGAGGUGUACGGUGAUAAUGGUGCUUAUUAUAAGGCCAUUGUCACCGACGUUCUCGACAACGAGGUUCUCGUAGCCUUUGAAAAUGACUGGCAGCCGGAGUCGAAAUUCCCGUUCUCCCAAGUGUUUUUACCACCGAAAGACACAGGCAAGCAUACAGAGUUCGUGGAAAACCAAGAGGUGGAGGUAUUCGCGAGAUCCAAUGAAAAGGAAGCAUGUGGGUGGUGGACAGCUAAUAUCAAGAUGAUGAGAGGCGACUUUCUUGUGAUAGAAUACCUAGAAUGGGACAACUGCUACACGGAAAUUGUGCCAAAGGACCGCCUCCGAGUAAAGACUCCCAAGACACCUAUUGACAAGAAUACCUUCCACAAGUUCGAAAUAACCGUACCGGAUGAUCUCAAGGACUAUGCGAAGGUGGAGAACGCUCACAAGGAGUUCCAGAAGGCGAUAGGCGCCGCGCUGGUGUGGUACGUGCCGGAGCGCGGCGUGCUGGCCGUCGUGUCGCGCUGCGAGACCUCGCACAAGCGCGCGCAGAUGUUGCAGGAGAUGCACUUUAGGAAUCUAACUCAGAAGCUGUUAUUGCUGAAAAAGACUGAAGAAGCAGCCAAACAGUUGGAGUCCACUAAAAUACAUAAUCAGGGCGGCUACACAGAUGAAUUCUCCGUGCGUGAAGAUCUGAUGGGAUUGGCAAUCGGCACGCACGGGGCUAACAUACAACAAGCACGCAAGGUGGCUGGAGUCACCAACAUCGAGCUGGAGGAGGUUUCAUGCACGUUCAAGAUCUGUGGCGAGUCGGUGGAGGCGGUGCGCGCGGCGCGGUCGCUGCUGGAGUACGCGGAGGAGUCCAUCAAGGUGCCGCGCGCGCUCGUCGGGAAGGUCAUCGGCAAGAACGGGAAGGUCAUACAGGAGAUCGUGGACAAGAGCGGAGUGGUGCGCGUCAAGGUGGAGGGCGACAACGAGCCGCAGCCGUCGGCGCCGCGCGAGGAGGGCAUGGUGCCCUUCGUGUUCGUGGGCACGCGCGAGAACAUCGCCAACGCCAAGGUGCUGGUGGAGUACCACGUGGCGCACCUCAAGGAGGUGGAGCAGCUGCGCGCAGAGAAGCAGGAGAUCGACCAGCAGCUGCGCUCCGUGCUGGGCGGCGCCACGCAGACAUACCCCCCGCCGCGCGGACAGCCCCCCGCGCGCGCCCGACGCACGCGCCCGCCCCACCACCGCUACCCCACCGCAGGCGGGCGCCGCAUGACGCCGGAGUUGGGCGACGAGCGCAGCGACAGCGCCGGCUACCGCGGCCGCGGCGGACGGGCGCCCAGGCCCAACAGGUCGAGUGAGCGCGGCGAGCGCGGCGAGCGCCGCGUGCCGCUGGAGAACGGCCGCGCGCACCCCGCGCCGCCGCGCCAACCAAGGACUACUGCGCCCAGUGGCAGACGACGCGAAGACAGACGGAGGCAAACUGAUGAUGAGAGCAGUGUGCUAGACAGCCAGGACGUGUCCAGUGCGGACCGAGACUCCGCGACGUCGGACGAGGGGCGCGGCGCGGGCGAGGCGGCCGCGCGCCGGCGGCGCCGCAGGAGGACAGGAGGCGGGUGGAAGAACGGGCUGAGCGGCGGCGGGGGCGCGGGCGGCGGCGGGGGCGCGGGCGCGGGCGGCGGCGCGGCGGGCGAGGGCGCGCGCGCGGCGCCGGCCGGCUCCAAGCGCCGCUCGCCGCUGGCCAAGCCCAAGCCCGAGGCGCUGCUCAACGGCACCGCGUAGGCCGCGCCCCCGCCCGCGCCCCCGCGCCCCCGGCCGGCCCCGGCCCGGCCGGCCCUGACGUGACGCCAGCCGCGCCCGCGCGGCGCAUAUAAUUAUCCUAACGUAACGUAACAUGUAUGGCGCGGCCCCCGCCGCCGCCGGGGGCCCGCCGUCACUAGACUUACUCGUAUUAUGCUUUUGUAAGAGAUUCGUGAUUUGUAUUCCUGAUUACUCGAUAAUAUGAAAAAUUAAAGAUGUGUACGUCGCUCCCGGACGAUACGCGCCGAUCGCGGCCUUUCGGUACCUUUAUGGGAGAUCGGACAUAGCGCAGUACAUACGUGUUCGUAGCCUGUACUCUGUGGUUAUGUGAUUUCCUAUAAAAUAAACAUUUCUGUACAUAUUUUCAA